AUGUCCCAGUACGGUUUCAUUAAAGUUCCGAGGAACAUCGAAGUUGCUACAGCCAACUGCAAGCCACCAACACCUCAACAGUUAACCUCGCUUCCAACCAGCCCGUUGGCCAGGUUCAUUUUGGAUUAUGCGACUGAAGAACUUCCAAGCCGCGUGUUUUACCAUUCCCUACGUGUUUUUCAAUACUCGGCUUCCAUCAUAAAUGAUCACUUUUCGAACUGGAAUCUCGACUUUGAGGUAUUGUUUAUAACGUGUUUGCUCCAUGACAUUGGGACUACUAAAAAAAACAUGCUUGCAACCAAGAUGUCUUUCGAGUUCUUUGGCGGAUUGAUAUCAAGAGAUCUUAUCCUUGACAGAACUGGCGGCGACAAUGAUUACGCUGACGCAGUGUCGGAGGCAAUCAUUCGUCACCAAAUGUUGGGAGAGACUGGCUUUAUUACUUCGCUGGGACUAGUGUUGCAAAUAGCCACACUUGUGGAUAACAUCGGACGUAGCACACAUUUGGUCCAUGUUGAUACCCUGAAUGCCAUCAAUCUCAAAUACCCCAGAGAAGGCUGGUCAUCUUGCUUCGCAAAGGUCAUUGAUAAAGAAAACGCUGAGAAGCCUUGGGGUAACACUAGUGCUCUAGGUGUUGAACAUUUUAGAAAUGACGUCUUACAUAACCAGUUUGAGUACAGCAAAUCAUAG